GGGCGGUUCUUAAACUCUCCGUUACAUGACGGUUGUCAUUUCUUCUUGGUGCAGAGCAUAAAUCAUCCGUGGUAUGUGACGGUCCAAACACAACGAUCAUCAAUUUAAUCGGCACGAGGUAAAGCAAAAAGAGCAAAGUAAUCAAAGGGAAAGGAAAUAUUUCCGAAAAGAUUUGUUUCCAGAGGACUCUUGCUCGCGGUAGCAAAGAGAGAGCACGAACAGUGGGUUUGCGUUGUUUCUAGCAAAGCUAGCUCACAGAUCGUCCUGCAUUCCUGUCUCUGGGUCGUGUGCAUGCAGUUGUGUUUCGCAUUGGCAAACAACCGAAUAAAAAAUAUGAAACAACACAACCGCAAACAACCCUUGUUCCUGGCGUUCAUCACGUUUUUAGCGGUCACGUUGCAUCAGAGCUUUGCUGCCACUGACGUCCCGCCCACUGCUGCUGCCCCUCAAACCACGGCUCCGCCUCCUGCGCCCCCAGCCCAGCCUGAGAGGGGAAACUACACUGUAACCAACGGCAAUGGGACCGUCUGUCUGAUGGCCCGCAUGGGACUGCAGCUCAACAUCCGCUUCAGCUCUGCCUCUCUCAAUAAUACUGUGCAAGACGUGUUGAACCUCCAGCCCAACGUGACUAAGAGCUCAGGGUCAUGUGACUCGGACAGUGCCACCCUGCUGCUGAUGGCUGAGGAGAAAACCAACCUCACCUUCGUUUUCUCCCUGAAUGCCACGUCCAGUAAGUACCACCUGAGUGGAGUGACUCUGUCUGCAGCCUGGCCGGACAUGAGUGAGCCCUUCUCAGCCAGUAACAGUAGUCUGGACUACCUGCGUGGUACCCUGGGGCGUAGUUACAUGUGUCGUGAGGAGCAGACUCUGGCUGUGGCUGUGAACUUCUCUCUCAACACCUUCCAGCUGCAGGUGCAGCCCUUCGGCCUAACCGGGGACCAGUUUGGUACAGCGGAGGAGUGUCAGCUGGAUGAGGAUGACAUGUUGAUCCCCAUCAUCGUGGGCACUGCGCUGGCCAGCCUGGUCCUCAUUGUCCUUGUGGCCUACCUUAUCGGCAGGAAGAGGAGCCAUGCCGGGUACCAGACUAUCUGAGAUUACUUCCUGUCAAUUGACCCCCCCCCCCACCCCCACCCGAUUGACUGAACCUCACUCCGACCCUCAACUGAACUUCCCCAACCCCAUUCAGUUGGUCUUACCGUAGAAUCCUUGCUGCCACCUCCUCCCCUUUGUACUCACUUACUCCACGUUGGGUCUCCAUGGGGUUGAUUUGCACUUUCAGAACUGAACUGCUCCUUUGUAUGCUGACAGAUUGUAAUGACAUAACGAAACAUUCAACACAGUCACUCAACACUGCAAGAGGGGAUGGUGUGGUGGCGUGCUCAUAACCAUAUGCUGAAUAAUAAUCCACACUCUGUGUAGCCUGAGGUAUUUUUAUCAUGCUUACGUUUUACUGGUGUCUGACAUGGGAAUUCUGAGGGAUUGUUUGUUUACAAGCAUUGCUGCUGCUGCUUAAUGGCUUUUUUUGUUUUUGAUGAUGGCCAUUGUCAGUCACAUAAUAGGUCACUGUUACUCUUGUGUGAAGGGAAUAUUAUGACUGUAGCUGGCUGCUCCCCUCUCUCAACCAAUGAAAGUUAACUUGUUGCAUAAUGUUUGCAACAUCAUUGAAUAUGGAGUUGAUGGAAGUUGCCUCUAACCGCUGGUCCGGGGUCAGAUAUUUUUGUAUCCUGUUUGUUAGGAGUUGAAUAAUUUGACCUUAGAUCUGUGGUUAGGGGUUUAGCUUGGGACCGGAGGUCAGCUGCAGAUUGGGAAUGGUAGUGUUUGUCAAUCCAUAGGGGCACAUUUUUGUUUACUUUGGGUUCCCCUUGGAAUGGAUUGAGGAACAAGGAUGAAGGUAAUUGGAUGGUAAAGCAGUUGUCUGCAGAGAGGGGGACUAAUUUAUGGUAAUCAAAGUCCACAAACCACCCUAUAACCCCUAAAUAACUUGGAAUCUCUACUUUGUCUGACUAGUACAUUUGCAGGGCUCGAGGUUGUUUCUGGACCAGGCCUCAGAUUUUUUUUCUUAUGAUUCUAAGAGGGAAUGUGAAACAGAAUUGACAGAACGAGCAUCACGCUACACUAGAAUGAAGGAACGUGGUGGGCGUGCGUGUGCUCCACUUAGACAUUGGUAUUACAGCGCACUGUACCAUGGCUGUUAUGAAACAUGACUACCAUGUUACUACCUAAUUGAUGUGCCAAUUCUUUCCCCUUAGCAGUGAAUUAAACCUGGUUUUAUGAAUACUGGUACUACCAAUUAUAGUUACAUUAAGACAGAUCUGUUGGUACUUCCAGUGAUUAUGUUAAGUAAAAUUACAUGGUGCUCAAAGGCCGAAUACUAGUUUAAAAUGUAACUGGACAUUUAAGUGAAUAGUUGUUUUCUCAAGUUAGGGUUCAGGCUAUUAUAGUUAGAACAAUUUAAGGGAGUUGGCGUUACUGUCCAUAGUACAACACCAUUUUAGAGAGGAAUACAUCUUAAAUGCCCGUGCCAAAUGGAAUCUGUGCCUCCCCACUUACAAGAAGGACGGGAUCUAUGCCAAUGUUAUAGUUUCUCUCAGUUAUGUCUCAAAGUACACCCUAUUCCCCAUGUAGUGCACAUCUUCGUUGUCAUUGGGGACAUACCCUUUCUAUCUACACAGCAUGUGACCUUGUUAGGGACAUUCCCUUUGUUGAUUUGCCUGGCCUAUUGAAUGAUCAUAGAUGAUGCAUUGUUUGUAGUGAAACGGGGAAGUGAAAAGGAUGUGAACUUUCACUCCACCCCUCAUUUAGAAUUGUUAAUAUCCAUAUGUAGUGAUUCAGGGCUGGAUUCAAUCAGUAUCAGAGCGAGAUGUUCCUGUGUUUGGAGACUGCAUUAACGUAAGCGCUACAUGUCAACUCAAUCAGCAAUUACCUGCAUUUUAACGCGGCUGUUCCGCGAUACAGAUUGGAUCCGGCCCUUAAGGUUUAAAAGAAUGUUUUAAUUGUUUUCUAAAAGCGGAGCAAAUAAAAAAGGUGAGGAAUGAGCUCUA